AUGCGCAUAGACUGCCUCGAGAAACGAUUAUCCAGAGCAUUUGCCUAUUACAGUGGUUUGGUUGUGCUUUGCCCUCUUCCUUUUAUACUCAUUCCAAUACUCGUUACAAUCGCUUUGUCUACUGGCUUGAUAUGGCAUGGGCAAGCAUUUAUGAAGGAUGAGCUCGAACUUUACACCCCCACUGAUGCGCAAGCACGGAUUGAAUUGCGCGAUUUGGACGCAAUGUUUCAUAUCAAUGACUCGGAUCCAUUCUAUGCAACGAGAAGAUAUGAUAUCAAGCGAGCUGGCUACAUCAUUGUCACUCAUCGGGAGGAAGAUGAAGACAUUCUGAAUCCAUUAGUGAUGCAAGCCGCGAUGCAGCUAUGGAGUAUUGUUCAGUCAUUGACCGUGGAAGACAGGGAAGACCGCCGAAUCAACUAUCCCGGAAUUUGCGUAAAAUUUCCGAUUCCACCUGAAUUCAGCAAAACUCUCCACUCGCUAUUUAGCCCGAACAUAACGACGCCCGACCAAAUAUGCGUAUCAAAUCCGUUAGUGGAAAUAUUCAAGCUGUUCCUGAUAUCGGACCGAAAGUUUCUCGAUCGAUCUAUAGAUGAGAUUACCAUUUCGCAGCUUUCGGAAGCGUUCCAGUUGGAUUCGGUUGGAAUGACCCAUCUACUUGGAGGAGUCACAUUUGAUAGCGAGCAACGAGUAGCUGGUGCCAAGGCAAUGAUGCUACCGUACGCGUUAAGACAUUCAUCUCAAAGUGAAGACUGGCUUGCUGAACAGUGGGAAUUGAGACUGGUCGAUUUUCUUUUAAAUUACGAUUCGCCGAUAAUUCGUGCAAGUUGGUGGACGUACGAGACAUUGGCUGCUGAAAGUGCAAGAGACCGUAAUCAGCUUAUCAAGCUGGCCAUCGGUGGAGUAAUUUCUGCAGCAAUGGCCAUUAUAUCUGCUGUCGGGUUAUUGUUACUUAGCGGGUUUGGAAUGACCAGUGUGGCCUAUUCAAUGCCAUUUAUUGUAUUUUCCGUAGGAGUGGAUAAUGUGUUUAUGCUGCUAUCCGCUUGGAGAUCGUCGCCAUCAAAUGAAAGCCUGGAGAAACGCAUGGAGGAUACGUUUGCUGAAGCCGGCGUGUCGAUUACUGUAACCUCUUUGACCGAUUUUAUAUCAUUUGCUGUCGGAUGUGCCACUCCGUUCCCGAGUGUGCAGAUGUUUUGUGCUUAUGCCGUGACCGCAGUAUUAUUCACUUAUGUCUAUCAACUUACCUUCUUUGCUGGAAUCAUGGUUUAUACUAACAGAAGAGAAAUGGACAAUCGAAAUUGUUUGACUUGCUGCAAAAUCAAGAAAAGAACAGACUGGAAAACAGUCAGCUUGGACCGAAGCUUCGAAAAAAAUCAUAUGCUAUCGCAGUUCUUCCGCACAACGUAUUCCGAUCUGCUAUUGAAUCCAUUUGUUAGGACAUUGAUUAUAGUGUUGUUUUUUAUGUAUCUAGUGGUCGCAGCCUAUGGUUGCACUAAAGUAAAACUCGGACUUGAGCCCAAUGAUCUUCUUCCUGAUAACUCCUAUGGUAAAAGAACACUUCGACUAGCUGAGAAGUACUUCUCAGAUUACGGUAGCAGUCUACAUGUUUGGAUGUAUAAUCUCUCAAAGAUCGACUAUGGUUCGCGCCGAUUCUGGGUUGUGCUGAAUAAAGAGAUUGAGCUCUACGAAUAUACGGAAUUUACUGCAACAGCUGAUUCCUGGACUUUACCAUCAGAGUUGCGCACCUUCUUAGCAUUUAUCAAGCAAUCCGGUCUGCUCCUCACUCGAGAAAACUUUGUCUACCUUCUAAGAAAUGUGUUCCUAACACAGCCACAAUUCAGCAAGUACCAACGUGACGUCGUUUUCCACGAAGCCGGCACCGCGCUCUACGCUUCCAGAGUUCCAGUCCAACUCAGACAUGUUGGAUGUGCAAACCAGAGCCGUGCCAUGCAUCUUUUCCGCAGAUUAGCGGAAACGAGCGAGAUACCGACCGGUGUGUACGCCGACUUCUUCCAGUUCGCCGAACAAUAUAAUGCUGUUUUACCUGGGACGUUGUCGUCUAUCGCUUACGCAGGUGGAGCUGUAGUCGUCGUCUCUUUGCUUUUGAUUCCCGAACCGGUGGCCAGUUUAUGGGUCUCUUUUUCAAUAGUAUCGAUCAAUGUCGGCAUUCUUGGCUUUAUGACAUUUUGGAAUGUUCGCUUGGAUUUCAUUAGCAUGGUCACCAUAGUAAUGUCCAUCGGAUUCUGUGUAGAUUUCGCAGCUCAUCUGGCCUACAACUUCGCUAAAGGACGGAACCUUCCUCCUUCGGAACGCAUGCGCAAUGCGCUAUAUGCUGUUGGUGCACCAAUUCUUCAAAGCGCCACGUCUACUAUACUUGGCGUCUCUUUCUUAGCCUCAGCUGAAUCCUACGUAUUCAGAAGCUUUUUGAAAACAAUCUUCCUGGUCAUUCUUUUAGGUGUUCUGCAUGGACUUGUUGUGCUCCCAGUGCUUCUCACGAUGUUCCACUGUUCUGGUAAUAGUGAUAGGGUGGAGGACAGCACAGUGACAAAGAAAAGCAUAAGAAGUGUCCGAUCCCUCUCCACAUCGAGCACUCCUCCUGCUAUCAAAUAUCUUAUGAAUCCAGAGCUGUAUACUCUUCCUUUGGACUAUCCGCUCUCCUAUCUUGAAUACCGGCAGAAGCUCGGGCAACCCCCCGACUAUCAGGAAGCCGUCCCGCCAUAUCCGAUGCGGGCUCGCCUGAAACAUCCGCAAGUCAGGGGAACAAAUCAAGAUCGAGAAUCUGUUUAUUGUUAUCAUAAUCCUGCAAAACAACCUCGGUGAUCAGAUCGCCUUCCAUGUUCUAAAGUAUUGUUUUCCUUUUACUUCUACGUCUUUCUACAAUGCACCGGUACUUGUUAUAUGAUUACUACAUAAUUGUGAUGAAUCGCCAUCGCUUUAUUGAACUCUCCAAAGGCUAGUCCCUAAUGAAGGCGGUUUCUGCAACAAGGUGUGCGGG